UUUAUUGAAGUUAAAGGUUACUUGGGAGCUUCUCCUGUGGAAAUGUGUAAGGUCAAAUACUAGCGCUCUCAGCAUAUGUAGUGUUCCUGAUGAAGAAUUAGGGGCACGUUGGUGCAUUUAACUGCAAAACCAGAAUGAUUGAAGAUAGUGGGAAAAGAGGAAAUACCAUGGCAGAAAGAAGACAACUGUUUGCAGAGAUGAGGGCUCAAGAUCUGGAUCGCAUCCGGCUCUCCACCUACAGAACAGCAUGUAAGCUGAGAUUUGUGCAGAAGAAAUGCAAUUUACACCUGGUGGAUAUUUGGAACAUCAUAGAAGCCCUGCGGGAAAAUGCUCUGAACAACCUGGACCCAAACAUAGAACUCAAUGUGGCCCGCUUAGAGGCCGUGCUCUCUACCAUUUUUUACCAGCUCAACAAACGGAUGCCGACCACGCACCAAAUCCACGUGGAGCAAUCCAUCAGCCUCCUGCUGAACUUCCUGCUUGCUGCCUUUGAUCCGGAAGGCCAUGGAAAAAUUUCCGUAUUUGCUGUCAAAAUGGCUUUAGCCACGUUGUGUGGAGGGAAGAUCAUGGACAAAUUAAGAUAUAUUUUCUCAAUGAUUUCUGACUCCAGUGGUGUGAUGGUUUAUGGGCGGUAUGACCAGUUCCUUCGGGAAGUUCUCAAGCUACCUACAGCAGUUUUUGAAGGUCCCUCAUUUGGUUACACAGAACAAUCAGCUAGAUCUUGUUUUUCACAACAGAAAAAAGUCACAUUGAAUGGUUUCUUAGACACACUGAUGUCAGACCCUCCCCCACAGUGUCUGGUCUGGUUGCCUCUCCUGCACCGUCUGGCAAAUGUUGAAAAUGUCUUCCACCCAGUUGAGUGUUCUUACUGCCACAGUGAAAGUAUGAUGGGAUUUCGCUACCGAUGCCAACAAUGUCACAAUUACCAGCUCUGUCAGGACUGCUUCUGGAGGGGGCAUGCAGGAGGUUCCCAUAGCAACCAGCACCAAAUGAAAGAGUACACAUCAUGGAAAUCACCUGCUAAGAAGUUAACGAAUGCAUUAAGCAAGUCCCUGAGUUGCGCUUCCAGCCGUGAACCUUUGCACCCCAUGUUUCCAGACCAACCUGAGAAACCGCUCAACUUGGCUCACAUCGUGCCUCCCAGACCUGUAACCAGCAUGAAUGACACGCUGUUCUCCCACUCUGUGCCCUCCUCAGGAAGUCCUUUUAUCACCAGGAGGUUAUUUGAGGGAAUAAGUGCACCCAGCCCUGUGGUUGGAGAGCUUGUCCAUAAACUGUAUGCAAAUCAGCGUGGCCAGGGUGCAUGCCCUCCUCCCAAGGACAGUGAAGUAGAGCAGAACAAAAUGCUGGCUAGGGCUGUUCCAGCUUUUCUGAAGGGCAAAGGGAUACAAUACAGCCUGAAUGUAGCUGACAGGCUAGCUGAUGAACAUGUGCUCAUCGGGCUGUAUGUCAACAUGCUCCGGAACAACCCAUCAUGUAUGCUUGAGAGUUCAAACCGACUUGAUGAAGAACACAGGCUGAUCGCCAGGUACGCAGCAAGACUGGCAGCAGAAUCCUCCUCGUCUCAACCAACACAGCAGAGAGGCGCUCCUGACAUCUCCUUCACCAUUGAUGCAAAUAAGCAACAAAGGCAGCUGAUUGCAGAACUAGAAAAUAAGAACAGAGAAAUCUUACAGGAGAUCCAGAGACUGCGGCUAGAGCAUGAACAAGCCUCUCAACCAACGCCAGAGAAGGCACAGCAGAACCCCACCCUGCUGGCAGAACUCCGGCUCCUCAGACAGCGCAAGGAUGAGCUAGAACAGAGAAUGUCUGCUCUCCAGGAGAGUCGGAGAGAGCUAAUGGUCCAGUUAGAAGGCCUCAUGAAGCUACUAAAGACCCAGGGGGCAGGCUCUCCUCGCUCCUCCCCCAGCCACACCAUCAGCAGACCAAUCCCCAUGCCCAUCCGCUCAGCGUCAGCCUGCUCCACUCCUACGCACACUCCUCAAGACUCUCUCACUGGGGUAGGGGGAGAUGUGCAAGAGGCCUUUGCACAAAGCUCAAGAAGGAAUUUAAGGAACGAUUUGCUAGUGGCCGCAGAUUCCAUCACUAACACCAUGUCCUCUCUGGUGAAAGAGCUGAACUCGGAGGUGGGGAGUGAAACAGAGAGUAAUGUGGAUUCUGAGUUUGCACGGACACAAUUUGAAGAUCUGGUUCCAUCACCAACCUCUGAAAAGGCUUUUCUAGCCCAAAUCCAUGCCCGAAAACCCGGGUACAUUCAUGGUGGAGCUACUACAAGCACCAUGCGCAGUGACAUAGUUACAGAAGAUGGAGAUGCCUAUGUGAGGCCUGACGAUGAGAACUAUGAGAAUGAUUCCGUCCGGCAGCUGGAGAAUGAGCUGAAGAUGGAGGAGUAUCUGAAACAGAAGCUGCAGGAUGAGGCCUAUCAGGUCAGCUUGCAAGGUUGAAUGCAAUGCCCUUUUAUCACUCUCCUCUCAAGCAAGCUAUAGUCAGACAGAUGAUGACAUAACAUGAAAGCUGGAGGUGAUGGAGAGCCCUGUAUCCACACAGAGGAGGAGGAGACCAGCCUGGCAAAGCCUCACCCUCGCCGGAAAGAGGAGCCACCACACCCCGCAGCUCCUGGCAAACCCCCAUCCCUUAAGAUGUGUUCUGAUGCCUGUAGUGCAGCUAACUUUUUGUUCUCAGAUUUGUAGUUCUUCAGUGUGUGUUUUAGAAGGGGGUGGGGGAGGGGAGAACAAGACUUCUGUUCCAAGCUAAUGUAUCAGCUCCAUCUUCUGUAACAUGGCUCAUUCCUGGUUCAAAACAAACAAACACAGGCUGAGAACCCACGCUACUGUUACACACGGUGGCAGUAUUAACACGCAUUUCCAAUCUUGUACAUGAUCGUGAACCUGUCCAGUUUACAAAGACAAUAUUAACACUGUUUAUAGCUAAACAUUUGAUUUCAGGAUUCUUUAGAACUGUAGCAAAAUAAUUUACUAGACUCUGUACAAUGGUUUUUCCACAGCAAUUGGGGGGGCGGCGGGCGGGGAAACAACCAUUAGCAAUUAUUCACUCAUCCUGAAAGAGUUGGUUCCUGAGUGUUCAGCCUCAGAGCCCAGAAGCCAGGGAGGGAGGGGUCAUUGGCCUGAAGUUGACUGCAAGUCUCUGUGAGCAGGGACCUGAGCCAACCACCAGGAAUAACCCAUUCCUUAGGGUCUCUUUCCAAUGUAGGGUUGGUUCCUUUCAAGAUUCUCUUAACAAGUCAGCCAUAGAACUUAGUGUAAAUAUUUUUUUCCAAAUAGAUAUCAUAUUCAAAA